GAGGAGAGAGCGUGAAGGCGAGCAGUUGAACAAGGCUGCGGGUUGGACAACUGCUGCCUCGCUUGAAGAGUCAGUGUGUGUGUGUGAGCAAGUACACGACGACUUCCUCAGCACCGGAGCACAGCGAAUCCUGUGACCUUUUACCCCGCGCUCCAGCUCAAAACUCCACUCCAGGGGUUUUUUCCGUGAAGAAGAAGCCAUGAAGACGCCACUUUGGGUCCUUCUGUUGUUGAGUUUGUGUGUCCCGAGUCGCAGCGACUGCCAGGGCGAUUGUUUAACCUGCGCACUUCUCCUGCCUCCACAGCAAACGUUCAACACCCUUGUGUGUUUGCUGGAAUGUGAGGCGCAGGCGUUCCCCGCUCAAACCUGGGAUCUCUGCUACCAAGUUGUGGGUGCGAACCCAGCCUCACUGCCGUCACACGACUUCUCAAAGCGUACCGAAGACGAAGAAAAGCCUCUGGCCGUAGUGAAGAUGGAGGAUGAAGGCGUGGAAUACUCGGAAGCUCUGGAGCGAUUCCGUCACAUGGCUCAGGCGCUCAGCAGUCACGAACCUUCUGAGGAGGCACAAAAAUCAGAUCAGUUUGCAGAAAACUAUGACCUGGGGCUCGACUCCGGUAUGGAGGACGAGGAGGAGCAAGACCGAGUUGACAAGAGAGAAGAGCGGGACCAAGAUAGCGAUGACGACAAUCUCAAUCUGUCUAAACGCUUUGGUGGCUUUAUGAAGGGCCGUCACGGCUUCCGUAAGCUGGUGAGCUCUGGGAGACCCCUGCAGAAGCGCUACGGUGGCUUCAUCGGGAUCCGCAAGUCGGCCCGCAAGUGGAACAACCAGAAGCGUGUGAGCCAGCUGUUGAGGCAGUACCUGAGUCUCACCGCACGCACGGGCCGCUCAGGCCACUUCGCUAACCUGUCUGCAGCCGGGGUCCGACAAAAGAACGAGGUUUAACCACCCUACAGUAGGUGCUGAUCUCUCCUCUUACCUCCAUCAUGUACCACAUCCAAGACGAGCUAAAAGAUAUUAACAAGAUUGCAUUGAUAUCCAAUGAGGAAUGUUAUUAAUUUUUAUUUAUUUUUUUGGUUGUUGUUUGUUUCCACUCUCGAUAUUUCGAGCUCAUUGUGCUCACUCAUCAGUAAUCAGCAGGCUGUUGCUCUCCAGUUUCAGCUGCUGGCUGAGUUUGAGUUUUAACCUUGGCAGAAAAUAAAAGCGAUGCACUGAAACUUACACUGAGCAUGUCCAUCAGUAUCGGCUCUGGACGUAGGAGGAAUCGCAGAGCACCGUGGUCGUUUGUCUGUCCUUUAAAGUUGAAUGUCAUGAAGGGAAAAAAGCACUUUAUCUAUUGUAUCGUUCGAUUCUUGCACACCGUGGGUCACACUUCAUCUGAAAACGAGGAAUGAUUGAGGAUGGAUUUUUAAUUGUAUUUAUUUAUUUAUUUAUCCACAAGUACCCUAUUUUUGAUUUAAGUCUUGUAGCACUACAAGGUCACUACUCACCAAGGACUUUUGGGGUUGUCUGCUGAAAUCUAAAUGGAUCCUAAUCAUCAUAUACACCACACAGGGGUCAUGUGUAACAAACUCCGCAGAAAGAAAAAAUCUGAAUCUGAAACAAAAAAUAAACCAAAUCAGUAGAAUCAUUUAACUGUACAAUGUUAGCAGGUGGAGAAAUUCAGCUUAACUCCUUCCUGCUGCUGUUACAGCGAGCCCAAAGGCGUAAUCAAGUAUUAGACAAGUUCUUACACACCUGAGAGGUUUAUAAACACCUGUUAAACACCGUGUGUUGAUUAAGGAGCCAUUUUAGACGCAACACCAUCUGGAAUAUGAAUCUCCUGACUCUAGUAGAACUGACAUUAAAUUCCAUGGCGUAAUACUGCCCUCUAGCGCGCGCGCGCGCACACACACGCAC